AUGUCAAACCUACCUAAAAAGACCAAAGAAGUUAUCAGACGCAAAUUAGUUAUUGUCGGUGAUGGAGCUUGUGGAAAAACAUCAUUAUUGUCGGUAUUCACGUUAGGCUAUUUUCCAAAGAUUCCCACUGUUUUCGACAAUCUAGUAACUGAUAUCAGAAUAGACAAUAGACCGGUGCAAUUGGCAUUAUGGGAUACGGCAGGUCAAGAAGAAUACGAGCGUCUGCGACCUCUUUCAUAUUCAAAAGCGCACGUGAUUCUUAUCGCAUAUUCGGUAAAUCAACCAGAUUCAUUAGAGAAUGUAGCUGCAAAGUGGAUCGAAGAAACUAAUAAUCUAUGUCCAGGUGUACCCGUAAUCUUAGUCGGGCUAAAAAAAGAUCUAAGAGAAGAUCCAAACGCAAUUGAAGAGAUGGAACGUAACGGGUUAAGUUUCAUUGACACAAAACAAGGCGAAGAAAUGGCGCAACAAAUCGGCGCAAGAAAGUAUAUCGAGUGUUCAGCUCUAACAGGAGAAAAUGUCGAUGCGGUAUUUGAGGCUGCGUCCCGAGCUGCGCUCUUGAUUCGUGAUAAAGAGCCGGGAGAAAAGUAUUUGGAGGUCGAUAAGCCUGCAAAUUUUUUGCGGGAAACGUUAAAAGAGAUGGAGGAAAUAGACGCAACUGGGAUCUUAAAAUGUGUUGAUCAACACAUGGUUGAUACUUAUAAUGCGAUAAGUGCUGCAGCCAAGCUAGGCGCUUAUCGAUUAUUGCAUUUUGAAGAAAUGCCACAGCAAUGGCAAGAGAAUCCAUACAUUCGUUCUGGGUAUCGAUUCUUAUCCACAAAGCGAGCUUGUCUUGAAUCGAUAUUCUAUUUGCACAAUGAAACUUGUAAUAUUUGGUCCCAUUUAUUAGGGUUUAUGUUCUUCCUAGGUCUCGGAAUAUACACUUUUAAUACUCAUCUGAUGCACGCAACGAUUUUUGAUAAACUCGCUUUUGGCAUUUUCUUCAUAGCCGCUGCAAAAUGUUUGGUGUGCUCAGUAAUGUAUCAUGUAUUUAUUCAUUGUGCACAUAUACCAGUAAUGAAAUGUGCGGCAACCUUCGACUAUAUUGGCAUUUCACUUCUCAUCACCGCCUCAAUCCUCAUCACGGAAUACUAUAGUUUCUAUUGUUCUCCACUCGUUCGUUGCUUUUACAUGAUCUUCACUUCAUUGGCCGGCCUUGUACCAAUAAUGUGCUCUAUACUAUUCAAAUGGUGGGACACAAAACCGUAUCGUUUAUAUCGAGUUGGUAUGUUCGUAAUGCUUGGCUCAUCUGGAAUAUUCCCACUAGCGCAUCUCAUGCAUUUACACGGCGUGGUUCACGUGUGGCACUUUGUGAAUCCGAUAAUAUCAAGCAUCGCUGCCUAUCUGACUGGCGUCUGGAUAUACGCUAAUCGAUUUCCCGAGCGAAAAUGGCCGGGCAAAUUGGAUCGAUUCGGAAUUCAUAGUCAUUCAGUGUGGCAUGUGUUUGUGUGCGUUGCUCAUAAAUACUAUUCGACAACGACCUCUUCUUCCGACUUGCUAAUCCAAAAAAAGAUAAAACCAUUAGAUGGAAUACGUGUAUUAGAGUUAGGACAGGUGAUUGCUGGACCAUUUUGUGCUUCUAUAUUAGGAUAUUUUGGCGCAGAAGUGAUAAAAAUAGAACCACCGAAAUCCGGAGACCCAUUGCGUAUUUGGCGACACUUGGACAAGGAUGGAUGCAGUCCUUGGUUCCGAUCACUUAACCGAAACAAAAAAUCGUGCGAGAUUAAUUUACGUGCUGAUGAAGGUCGAAAAUUGAUACGACAGCUGGCUGAUAGAUCGGAUGUUUUGAUUGAGAAUUUUAAGCCGGGUACUAUGGAGAAAUGGGGACUUGGUCCAGAGGAAUUAUAUAAAAGUAAUCCUUCCUUGAUUUAUACACGUGUUUCUGGGUAUGGACAAAAUGGACCAUAUGCAACAAAACCUGGAUACGCGUCUGUUUGUGAAGGAAUGGCAGGAUUUCGUUACAUUAAUGGAUUUCCAGGAGGACCAUCUGUUCGCCCCAAUAUGUCACUUGGAGACUCCGUGGCUGGACUUACAGCUGCAUUAGGAGUAACUAUGGGUCUUCUGGCAAAGAAUAAAUUGGCCAACACUUCAAAAAGUGUCACUGGUCAGGUCGUCGACGUUGCUAUUUACGAGUCGAUGUUUAACAUGAUGGAAGGGAUAUUGCCAGAAUUUGAUCGAUUUGGGGAGAUACGACAACCAUCAGGCACGACAUUAACUGGCAUUGUACCCACAAACGCGUACCCAUGUUCCGAUAACAAAUAUGUAAUAAUCGGCGGUAACAGCGACGGCAUAUACAAACGACUAAUGCGUACUGCAGGCCGAGAGGAUCUAGCAACGCCCGAAUACGAAACCAAUAAAGAACGAGUAAUUCAUAAAGAUCUGAUUGAUGGCGCAAUUUCGGACUGGACGCGAACUUUAACGGCUAAAGAAGUCGUUGAGAAACUAGAAAAUGCCGGUGUGCCUACCGGCUUAAUUUACAAUAUUGAAGAUUUUGUUUAUGAUGAGCAUGUGAAGGCACGUGGUAUUUUGGAAGUUGUUCGUGUGGAACGGCGUGGUAAAACGGAGAAAAGUGGGAGUAAGGCGGGUAGUAAUAGUAGAGGUGAUAUAGAUGAUGAUGGGUGGGAUCUGACGGUCCCAGCUAUUGCUCCAAAACUCGAAGGCACACCCGGAGAGACAUUAUGGGCUGGACCUGAUCUCGGGCAACAUAAUCGCGAGAUAUUUUAUGACAUUUUAGAAUUGAAUGAGGGUCGUAUAAAAGAAUUACAAGCGAGUGGGGUGAUUGGGGAAACUAUAUAA